AUGGUUUUUUCUGGCGAACGUUAUUACAACAUUUAUCGGAUAAUGUUAACAGCGAUUGGUUUGUGGCCUUAUCAAACAUCGAUUGUUAUGCAAGUGCAAUCUGUGUUCUUCCUUGGCCUACUUAAUGCAGUAACAAUAUCAAAUGACAUUUCCGAAAUAACAAUGUGCAUCGGUAUAGUGCUAGCCCAUUUUCUGUUCAUUCUUGUACCUAAUUUUAUUGGACAAUCUCUUACCGAUCAUAGCGCAGAAAUAUUUAAUGCUGCGUAUAAUACUUUAUGGUAUUUAGCUCCAUUGUCAAUACAAAAAUUGCUUUUAUUUCUGAUGCAAAAUUCUCUGAAAACUCACACCUUAAUAAUUGGUCAUUUGUAUGUAACAUCUUUAGAAGGAUUUUCUACGGUAAUAAAUACUUUAUAG